UUUAAAGUGUGUCAGCAAAUGUUAAAUCCCAGGAAACUUUUAAAAACUUCAAAAUUAAGGUUACACACUUGUUGAUCGACUGAGAUCUUCCAAAAUAGCUGAAGAUGGCGGCAAGUGUGUUUUCUAUCGGCGCUGUUGUCGCGCUGUUCGCCCAUGUCCUGAGUGUUACAGCGGAUGAUGUGGUGGUCGAGUUGGCUAGCGGUGGACAGCUGAAAGGCGUGACCAAACAGUUCAACUCCGGGCAGAUGGUAGACGUAUUUUAUGAGAUCCCGUAUGCACAACCCCCUACAGGUGACCAGAGGUUUCAACCCCCGACCCCAGCAGCCCCCUGGACGGGGGUCAGGGACGCUUCUAAACCUGGGGUCAUCUGUCCACAAAAACCCGGCGAGAUCAUGUUUGAGAGACGGUCUGAGAACUGUCUUUAUUUGAAUGUCUUCACACCGGAUGUCAACGGAUCACUUCCGGUCAUGGUCUGGAUUCACGGCGGCGGUUACAGAACCGGUUCUUAUUUUAACGACGGGGACGGUUCCACCUUAGCCCCUCACGGGAUUGUCGUCGUUGCGAUAAAUUAUCGUUUAGGGCCUUUCGGAUUUUUGUCCACGGGCGAUGACGUCAUGCCUGGAAAUUAUGGGAUGUUGGACCAGGUCCUGGCUUUGAAGUGGGUUCAGCAAAACAUCAAGGUGUUUGGUGGAGACCCAGGUCAGGUGACUAUAGCAGGGGAGAGCGCUGGGGCUUUUAGUGUCGGAUUGUUAGUCGUCUCCCCUUUGGCGAAAGGUCUUUUUAAACGCGCCAUAAUGGAAAGCGGGUGUUCUUUAUCCGGGGCUGCUAUUGAAAGACCAGGCUCGCUGUACAAGAUCAAAGACUACACGUUCAGAGUUGCAGAGCUGGUAGGCUGCAACCACACAACUUCCUCUGAGGUGUUCGCUUGUUUGCAGAACGCAGAUACCGAAAGUCUGCUCAUAGCUGCCGUCGAUGUCGGAAAAUCGAUGGGGUCCGACACGAUAGCCAUCCCCAGAGUCGAAACCAAGUUCGGAUUUUUACCCGACUACCCGAAAAACAUCCUGGACAGUAAAAACAUCAACGCCGUUGACACCCUGAGGGGGUAUAACUCUGGGGAGAUGUCCUGGCCAGUACAAGACCCGGACGAUAACGGCAUCACCAGAGACGAGUUCAGCCGUUAUUUCAGGGGCGUUCUUAAGGUUGUCUCCUACGUCAACAACGACGCCAUACAAAAAAUUGUUGAAGAAAUGUACCUCUCCGAUGAGACAGAUCCGUUUAAACUUCGCGCCAACCUCGUCACGGCUUUAUCGGAUAUGGCUUUCGGCGCCAGCGAGUACUUAGAACUAAACAAAACGAUAGCAGCUUUAGGGAACUCGAAAAAUCAUUACUUCUACCAGUUCUUCUACCUCGAUAGCCACAACAAGAACCCGGCCUGGCUUGGGGUGCCACACGCGGCUGAAAGACCGUACGUCUUCUACAACCCGGACUCCACCACCAUGUCAGACACGGACAAAAAAGUCGGCGCCGGUGUCCAGAAGAUGUGGGUCAACUUCGUCAAGUACGGCGACCCCACCCCAGCCGGACAGAGCGACGGGUUAGUGCCGUGGAGCAAGUACGAGGACGAGAGCUCGAGUAUUCUCAACAUUGAUGCCAAUGUCAGCCUCGUUCUGAUGCCGCGUCCUGGAGUGUCAGCUCUCUAUCAAAGAGUGCUAAACCUGAUGCAUGUGACGUCAGUCAUUGAUAAUACAGAUCCUAUCAUUGGCUACUCGGUGUCUGAAACAUACGACAUCAACUUUCGUUCAGGAAAGAUGGCAACCAGUUUGGUUGUUCUCGUGCUUACGUUUGUUGUUGUUGUGAUGAGGCCUGUCUUAGCACGCGGGGAAGACAUUGUGGUACAGUUAAAUCAUGGAGGAAAGCUGAGAGGUGUGACGAAACAGUUCAACUCAGGGCGGGAGGUACAGGUGUUUUAUGAGAUUCCUUACGCACGGCCGCCCACAGGAGACCUGAGGUUUGAACCCCCGACCCCAGCAGCCCCCUGGACGGGGGUCAGGGACGCGUCUAAACCUGGGGUCAUCUGUCCACAAAAACCCGGUGAGAUCAUGCUUAAGAGGCGCUCUGAAGACUGCCUCUAUUUGAACGUCUUCACACCGGAUGUCAACGGAUCACUUCCGGUCAUGGUCUGGAUUCACGGCGGUAGCUACAAAACCGGUUCUUACUUCAGUGACGGAAACGGCACGACUCUAGCGCGUCUUGGUGUCGUUUACGUGGCGAUAAAUUACCGUCUGGUGCCCUUCGGUUUCCUGUCCACGGGCGAUGACGUCAUGCCUGGGAAUUAUGGGAUGCUGGACCAGGUCCUGGCCUUGAAGUGGGUUCAGCAAAACAUCAAGGUGUUUGGUGGAGACCCAGGUCAGGUGACUAUAGCAGGGGUGAGCGCUGGGGCUUUUAGCGUCGGAUUGUUAGUCGUCUCCCCUUUGGCGAAAGGUCUUUUUAAACGCGCCAUAAUGGAAAGCGGGUGUUCACUAUCCGGGGCUGCUAUCGAAAGACCAGGCUCAUCGAUCAAAGCAAGAGAUUUUACACUUAACGUCGCAUCGCGAGUCGGAUGUAACGUUUCAAGCUCUCUAGACAUCUUGGCAUGCCUGAAACGUUCAGACAAUCUCUUGAUAGCAGCGUCAAACGCUGGCGGAGACAUAGGCCAACAGCUGAUCGCCGUCCCCAGGGUGGAGACCAAGUUCGGGUUUUUACCCGACUACCCGGAGAAUCUCCUGGACAGCAAAGACUUCAACGCUGUCGACACGCUGAGAGGCUACAACUCCGGUGAGAUGUCUAGGCUAGUCAGAGACGCCGAAAACGACGGAAUCACCCGAAGCGAGUUUAGUCGUUAUUUCCGGGGUAUCCGUAGAUUGGCUUCAUUCGUCAACAACGACGCCAUUCAGAAAUUGGUGGAGGAGAUGUAUAUUGCUAAUGCAACCAAACCGUAUGAACUGAGAUCGAAUCUUGUCUCUGCUAUAGCAGACAUGUCAUUUGGCGCGUGUCAAUUUCUGGAAUUGAACAAAACUUUGUCAGUUUUAGGUGACUUGCGUAACCAUUUCUUCUAUAAGUUUCAUUACCAAGACAGCCGCAACAAACAGGGGUCGUGGUAUGAGGUUCCACACGCCUCGGAACUACGGUUCGUCUUCUACAACCCCGACGCCACCUACAUGUCUGACAGCGAUAGAAAAGUCGGCGCCAGUGUCCAGAGGAUGUGGGUCAACUUUGUCAAGUACGGCGACCCGACCCCAGCCGGACACAGCAAUAGUUUGGUUACAUGGAAGAAGUUUACCGGGGACAGCCGGUUGGUUAUGAGGAUCGAUUCCAACUCGAGGUUAAUCCAAAUGCCGAGGCCUGGCGUUGUCUCACUUUAUCAGAGGGUUCUCAACUUGAUGAAUCUGAGAACCUUGUCAGCCACUGACGUUUUUUUUGUCCAGGUACACAUCCAGACAUUUUUUUUUAUCCACAUACACAUAUUUGACACUCGGUGUCUGAAACAUAUAACAUCAGUUUCUCGUGUUGGAAAGAUGGCAGCUAGCUUGGUUUCUCUCGUGCUGACGUUUGUUGUUGUUGUGAUGAGGGCUGUUGUAGCACGCGGGGAAGACAUUGUGGUACAGUUAAAUCAUGGAGGAAAGCUGAGAGGUGUGACGAAACAGUUCAACUCAGGGAGGGAGGUACAGGUGUUUUAUGAGAUUCCUUACGCACGGCCGCCCACAGGAAACUUGAGAUUCGAACCCCCGACCCCAGCCGGUCCAUGGUCUGGCACCAGAGACGCCUCGGAGCCUGGUGUGAUAUGCCCUCAGUUUCCUGGCGAGAAGAUGUCCGAGGGCCGCUCCGAAGACUGCCUCUAUCUGAACGUCUUCACACCGGAUGUCAACGGAUCACUUCCGGUCAUGGUCUGGAUUCACGGCGGCAGUUACAAAACCGGUUCUUACUUCAGUGACGGAAACGGCGCGACUCUAGCGCGGCUUGGCGUCGUUUACGUGGCGAUAAAUUACCGUCUGGUGCCCUUCGGUUUCCUGUCCACGGGCGAUGACGUCAUGCCUGGGAAUUAUGGGAUGCUGGACCAGGUCCUGGCCUUGAGGUGGGUUCAGCAAAACAUCAAGGUGUUUGGUGGAGACCCAGGUCAGGUGACUAUAGCAGGGGAGAGCGCUGGCGGAUUUAGUGUCGGAUUGUUAGUCGUCUCCCCUUUGGCGAAAGGUCUUUUUAAACGCGCCAUAAUGGAAAGCGGAUGUUCUUUAUCUUCGCCAGCCAUAGAAAGACCAGGCUCUCUGUUCAAAGUUAAAGACUUCACGUACAGAAUAGCAGCAGAGUUAGGCUGUGGUAAAAGAAACUCGUCUUCCUUGUUAGCCUGUCUCAAGUCUGCUGAUGCUAGGCGCCUUUUGUUCGCGGCUUCAGAAGUCGGCAACAACCUCCCCACCAACGUCAUCGCUGCUCCUAGAGUCGAAACCAAGUUCGGGUUUUUACCCGACUACCCGGAGAACCUCCUGGACAGCAGAGACUUCAACGCUGUCGACACGCUGAGGGGCUACAACUCCGGCGAGAUGUCUUGGCUAGUCGAAGACGACGAAGACGACGGAAUCACCCGAAGCGAGUUCCGGCGUUAUUUCCGGGGCAUCCGGAGGCUCGCGUCGUUCGUCAACAACGACGCCAUGCAGAGAGUGGUCGAGGAGUUGUACCUGGACGACGAAACAGACCCGUAUCAGCUGAGGUCGAAUCUCGUCUCGGCUUUGGCUGACAUCUCGUUUGGUGCUAGCGAGUUUCUCGAGCUCAACAAAACAUUGGCAGCCACAGGGGACGCAAACAACCAUUUCUUUUAUAAAUUUCAUUACAUGCAUAGCGGAAACAAAAAGCCGGCGUGGUACGGGGUCAUCCACGCCGCAGAACGACGGUUCGUCUUCUACAACCCCGACGCCACCUACAUGUCCGACAGGGACAGAAAAGUCGGCGCCAGUGUCCAGAGGAUGUGGGUCAACUUUGUCAAGUACGGCGACCCGACCCCAGCCGGACACAGCAAUAGUUUGGUUACAUGGAAGAAGUUUACCGGGGACAGCCGGUUGGUUAUGAGGAUCGAUUCCAACUCGAGGUUGAUCCAAAUGCCAAGGCCUGGCGUUGUCUCACUUUAUCAGAGGGUUCUCAACUUGAUGAAUCUGAGAACAGUUGUUGGAAAACGCACGUGAUCGUUUACAGGCUGUGGUUAUAUGUUUACUUUUGUUGUUAGAUGCUGAUACACAUGUUCAAUUAAAAAAAGAA